UUGCUAGGCGUACUGUAUGUUGCCAACACAAACAAACUGUCUCGAACUCUUCUGGAAAAUAUAAGACAGCUACGCAGUCUGUUUCUUUUAAUACUACAGUACCGAUAAAUUGGAGAAAGUGCCCACCCUCUUUCACACACAGAUACAGAUAUGGCUUCCUCCACUAUUCUCCAGUCUGAAGAGCAGUUCCUGUGCUCUAUCUGUCUGGAUGUGUUCACUGAGCCAGUCACCACUUCAUGUGGACACAACUUCUGCAUGGCCUGUAUCAGAAAGUACUGGAAUAGCACGGACCUGUACCAAUGUCCACUGUGUCAGGAGAAAUUCUCCAGACGACCUAAGCUUCGUGUCAACACAACUUUCAGAAAGGUUGUAGAGAAUUUUAAAAAGAGGAGAGAUAUAGGUAGAGAUGGGCCCCGUACCGAACCUGGAAAAGUGUCCUGUGAUGUCUGCACUGGGAUGAAGCGCAAGGCCCUUAUGUCCUGCCUGGUGUGUCAGACCUCUUACUGUGAGACUCACCUGGAGCCUCAUCAGAUAGCCUCACCCUUAAAGAGACACAAACUGAUCGACCCUGUGGAGAACCUGGAAGACAGGAUGUGUCAGAAGCAUGACAGACUCCUGGAGCUUUUCUGUAGGACUGACCAGACUUGUGUGUGUCAGUUCUGCACUGAGGCAGACCACAAGACUCAUGACACUAUCCCUAUAGAGGAAGAGUGUGGAGAGAGGAAGGCUCAGCUGGGGAAAACUGAGGCAGAAGUGCAGCUAAUUAUCCAGGAGAGACUGAAGAAGGUUAAAAAGAUCAGACUCUCUGUAGUUCGUAGACAGAGAGAUGCAGAGAGAGAGAUAGAAAACAGUGUACAAGUCUUUACUGCUCUGGUGCGCUCCAUUGAGAAAAGCCAAGCUGAGCUGAUUGAGGUGAUUGAGGAGAAGCAGAAAGCAGUAGAGAGGCAGGCUGAAGGGCUCAUUAAAGAACUGGAGCAGGACAUCACUGAGCUAAAGAGGAGAAGAACUGAUCUGAAGCAGCUCUCACACACUGAGGACCACCUCCAACUUCUUCAGAGCUUCCUAUCCCUAGAGUGCAAACUUCCACCCACCAAGGACUGGUCUGAGAUCAGUGUUCACAGUGAUCUGUGUGUGGGGACUGUGAGGAGAGCUGUGUCCCAGCUGGAGGAGAUACUGAAUAAUGAGAUGGAGAAGCUGCCUGAAGUCAAACUGAAGAGGAUUCAGCAGUAUGCAGUGGAUGUGACUCUGGACCCUGAUACAGCACAUCACAAACUCAUCCUGUCUGAAGAUGGGAAACAAGUGAGAACUGGAGACACGGAGCUGAAUCUUCCUGACAAUCCAAAAAGGACUGGUCUGAGAUCAGUGUUCACAGUGCUCUGUGUGUGGGGACUGUGAGGAGAGCUGUGUCCCAGCUGGAGGAGAUACUGAAUAAAGAGAUGGAGAAGCUUCCUAUAGUCAAACUGAAGAGGAUUCAGC